CCACGAUCGCGGAUUCCGGUGGUUAGGCUCGACCUCAUGGCAACGCCCCCAGCAGCAGCCCCGUCCUCCGUCGAUCCGAAGACUCAACUGAACCAUUUUUGCCAGAAGUUCUGCCAGCGGCCUGUGACCAAGAGCGAUAUCUCUUACACUACCAAUAAGUUUGGCAACAGGUAUCAAGCAAUUGUGAGGCUUGACUGUGUGCAAGGGCAAGAGUAUGCUGGACACCUGGUCCUGAAUCAAAAGGAUGCUGAGAAGUCCGCGGCAGAGCAGGCCAUCAUCGCUUUCUCCCAAAGUAACCUUCUCCAGGAGGCGCAGCCUGUGGACAAGGACAAGAAGAAAAAGAAGCAGACAAAGCUGACACCAGAGGAGCACGCCCUGAGAAAGGCAAAGCAGGAGGAAGAAGGAAACCCUGCUGUCACUCCAAAGACCUUGUUGAAUGCCUUGGUGAUGAAGAUAGUCAAGCGUUACCUGCAGAAGGGUGAAACCGUCUACGAGACCAAGACCUAUGCAGGUGGUGGGCAUCAGGCUACAGUGAAGAUCACGGCCUUGCCGGAUGAGUGGGGCAGUCGAAUGUGGGCCGGUCAUGUCUGCAACACGAAGCAGAAGGCGGAGCAAAGUGCUGCAGAGAUGGCAUUGGAAUCCAUCAAGCAGGACGCCGAACUCAUGCAGGAGUCUGAAAAGCCCAAAGGGAUGGGCAAGGGCGAGAAGGGCAAAGGCAAGGGCAAGGGAAAUUUUUGGGGCCCAUGGUCAUUCGGAUGGUGGAAUGCGAAAGGUUCUGACCUCCCGCGCAAGCCUGUGCUUACCGAGCCCAUUACUGGAGAAGUCCUGGAGUGGAAGGACUCCUUCGGUUGGAUCAAGCCUGAUGUGACCAUCGACCACAAGGAUGCCGGCCGCCGCGAGGGGAAAAUCUUUGUUGGAAAAUCAGACGUGCCCGAGACACUGACAAUGGCAGCUGGUAUCAAGAUAAGCUUCACCGUAUAUGAGGAUAUGAUGGGUCUUGGAGCACAAGAUCUGCAAGCCAGCUGAUCCAAGCGCUGAUACAAGGACCACCGAGGUCCUUGAGGCCGUCAAUGCUUUCUCCAUCUUUUCCGUUCCAGGAGGAUUGCUUCAAGCAUUUGACGACUUCGCAGAGCUGAGAUUAUGGGCUUUGAUGGGCUUUGCCUCAGAUCCUCAAAAAUGGGAAAAGGGUCGAAGUUCG